UCUUUGUUGUCCACCAUACAAAUGCAUUGUCUUCGCAUUACUUCCCGCUACUGGCAUUAUCUCCCACACCAUCACUACCUUUCUUUCAAGUUAGAAUAUGGCAGCUGCAAGCUGCUUCAAGCAUGGAACAAUACUUCCCGUCUCUGCGAAUCUCCGGCACAAGCAGCCACCGCCUCGAAGCAGCUUCAUCGGAAACAAUGAGCUGAAGGGAAACAUAAACAUGAUGCUAUUGAUGGGAUUGAGAGGGGGACAUGGAAAUGGUAAGGGAUCCAAGAGGGCUGGGAUGAUAAGGUGUGGGAGAGGGAUAGAGGACUUCAUAGGAGGGGACUUGGUGAGGUUUGAUCUCGGCCGUUGGCUUUCUGACGUGGAGGAGCACAAGGCCCUCGCCGUCUACUCUCCCCACGAGGGAGGGUACGAGGGCCGCUACCUUAACCGCCUGACUUACCAAGGUUACUAUUUCCUCGACCUUAGCGCGCGAGGGCUUGGUGAUCCCGAGACCACCCUCACCAAGGUUCACCCUGUUUGUCCGCCUCAUCUAGGGAAGCAGCCCAUAUCAAGAUGGUACUUUCCACCAGAGGUGGAUUACAGGCUUGCCGCUCUGCCUCCAAAAGCCAAAGGCCUUGUAGUCUGGAUCAUUGAAGCCAAGGUUCUGUCGAAGGCUGAAUUGCAGUUUCUUGCUCUGCUUCCCACGCUACGUCCCAAAGUGAGGGUCAUCGCCGAGUGUGGAAACUGGAGGAAAUUUGUGUGGAAGCCACUCAAAGAAAUUUCGGGACUAACUGCUAACGAGGCAUGAGAACAAGAGCAAAAGACAAUCGAUGAAUUCAAGUCGCUCUCAUCCUGCACUUACCGUUGUUUAGCAGCCCUGCAUUUUGUUUAUCCAUGGAACAAGAAAUACGCAAAGAGUUUUCACUAUUGCCGUUGUUUAUUGGCGCUGCAUUUUUCCCGAUCACAUGUCGUAGUGUACAUCGUUUCAUCCAAACAUUGUAAUCAAUCCGCGUUCAUCC